GCCGCGCGACGAAUUUGCGCCGCGGAUCCAGUCAGGCAGGCUGGCCGGGCCCCAUUUGCGUCGCGCGCCCAUUAGCGCCCCCCCGGCAGGAUUGGGGGGGCGAGCAGCACCAUGGCAGCAGGGCGGCUGCCCCGGUCCUGCGCUCCCGUGGUUUGGGCGCGCGCGGGCCCCUUCUUGGUUUUCAUGUAAAAAUGAUAAGAACAAGGCGGAGCGGGCUCGCCCCUGUCCUCUUGCCCUCGCUUCCGGCCUCGGUGGGCCCGUUUGUCUCGGCGUAGCAGUUGGCGAG